UUUUUUUCUUUGACGGCUACGUUGUUUAAAGACCACAUUGCGUUGCAGAAAUUAUCAUGGGCCUGCUACGAGAGCGAGAACAGUCACAACCAUCCCAUGAGAUGUACGAGGCUCUCCUGUCCGAGAGCGACGCGGAUAUUCAGAAAGUGCAACUUCUUCAACGCCAUAGCAGACGCUGUAAGACUUUCAUCUGGCUAUCAUGUUUCACAAAUGUCCUCUUUGCUGCGGGGAUCAUAUCGCUGCUGGUGAGGCAAGGCACGAUUGAUCCCUCUCUCUACGACGCAGCACACUGGCCAGGCUCUUACUCACCUGCUGAGGAGGCCGUGAAAUAUGUGCCGCGCCAGUUCCUUGCGGCCUUUGGCAAAGAGACGUCUCCCUACCAGGGCUGGCCGACUGACGAGCAGGACCAGAUGUGGGAAGACAUGUACAUAUACGGGACAACAUUUCAGAUCGACCAAAAAGAGCACGAUCGCCUCAUUAACAAGACCGAACACGUUGCUAUACCUGGGUUGGAAGACAAGUACAUGACGGGACUUGACGUCUUUCACCAGCUGCAUUGCCUGAACAUGAUCCGCCAGAACCUCUAUCCCAAAAGAUACAAUUCAUCCAUAGUUCGAGAAGACGGUACAAUCGACUAUCCCAAAUGGAGACAUGUCGACCACUGCAUCGAGUCAAUACGACAAUCAAUCACUUGCAACGUCGACAUUAGCAUGAUUAGAUACAAGUGGUCUUCGUACGACAUGAUUGAGCCACAGCUCGGUGUCAUGCACAUGUGUCGCGAUUUUGACAGAAUUCGCGACUGGGCGUACCAGCGCUAUGUCGAUCCGGGCAAUCGGCGACAGCACGUCGAGAACGGCAGGAUUGUCGACUACUCAGAGGCCGGCACCAGCUUCGAGGAUAAUGCGGCGGAUUAUGCUCCCAAAGGGUGGGAUAAAACUAUAAAUGAUCUUUAGGAAUGUCUCCCCUUUAUAACGACUACAUACCUUACUUCCUUUAUCGCUAGGCAAAGGGCAAGCCAGACCUUAAAAAGAAUAGUCUAAAUGCCUCAGAUACCUUAUUACUAUUAUAAAUAUUUACUUUUGCCUAUAUUACUUUCCGG